AUGGAGCCGCCGGACCUCGACUCCAUCAUCACCAAGACGCCUCUCCAAGGCCUCGCAUACGCCGUGCGCACCGCCUACGGCGACGCCUUCAGGCUCGCCCUCGCCCGCGGCGCCGCAAAGCCCCUGCUGCUCCCCUGGUGCCUGCUGGGCCCGUUUGUCGUGCCCGCGCUGUGGUUGGCCGUGCCGCACCGGCGUCGGCGCUGGUUCUAUCGCACGCGGUGGCUGGCCAUGGCCGUCGUCGUCUGGUCCAACGUCUACCACCUGCGGUACGUGUCGAGCGCGAACAUGGCGUGUGCGUACGCGGCCGGGCUGGCGGCGACGUGGGGCACCAUCCUGAGCCUGAACCUGCUCGUUUGGACGAGGCCGCAGUUUGACGCUGCGCGGGUGCGAAGGGUCAAGCAGGAGGGCGUCGGCUCUACUACUGGCCAUGAUGGAGAAAAGGGGGACGCAAAUGGAGACGGAAAUGGAAGUGCAGUUGGCCUUCGGACGCCAAAAAUCCCAUCCAGGAGCUUGGAAAAGAAUACCAGUCAAGAUCAGGAAGGAUUUGAGUACAUCUGGGAGCCAUAUCCUUCGGCCGGCAGCUUUUUAGAGCGGCUGGGAUGGACUACAGACCUCAUUCUCAGUUUCCGAGGCGCCGGCUGGAACUGGUCCGUCUCCUCCCUCCCUCGCCCCCAGAUCCCCCUCCAAAUUACCCAUGGCGACAAAGUCGACAUCGUCUCCGUCCCAACAAUCAGCAGAAGCGGCUACAGGCGCCACCACACCACCGGCGAAUUCGUCCGCGACCGCCUCGCCAAGCUCCUCAUCCUCUACCUCGUCCUCGACUUCCUCUCCGUGUACAUGGUCAAGGACCCGUACUUUGUCCUCGGGCCCGACCACGACAAAGUCGACUACCUGCUCCCGCCCCGUCUCCGCCACGUACCCCCCUGGCUGCUCCUCGCCUACCGCGAAAUCUUUUGCCUCGCGGGCGUCUACUCCGCCAUCGAGGCCGUCUUUGCCGUCUCCGAUCUGGCCCAGUACUGGCUCGCCAGCCGCUUCUACCCUUCCCGCGCCGCGCUGUUCCAGUUCGCCUCGACGUUUGGCUCCUUCGAGCAGGUCCUCGACCGCGGGCUCGCCGGCUGGUGGGGCGGGCUCUGGCACCAGACGUUCCGCAUGCAGUUCUCCGCGCCGGCGACGUACCUCUUCCGCGAGGGCUACCUCCGGCGCGGCACCCCGCUGGCCUCCAUCGUCGCCGCCCUCGUCUCCUUUGCGCAGUCGGGCGUCCUGCAUGCCUCGGGGAGCUUCACCUCCGUGCCAGAGACGAAGCCCUGGAGGGCGCCGGCGUUCUUCUUCCUGCAGAUGGUGGGUAUCCUGCUUCAGGGGCUGGCGGCGUGGCUCUUGGGGGGUCAUGUGCGGAGGAUGCCGCGGGUGGUGCGGCGGACUGGCAAUUUGGUGUUUGCGUUGGUUUGGUUGUAUUUGACGGCGGGGCUCUUCAUGGAUGACCUGUCGUCGACGGGGCUCUGGACGGUCGAGCCGGUUCCUGUUUCUUUGUUUCGGUUUAUGGGACUUGGAUUUGAGGGGGACCAUUGGUGGCGUUGGGAUAGGGAUCAUUUACCCAAGGUGUAUAUUGGAGAGACGUGGUGGCAGACUGGGAUAGCCUUGUAG